GUCAAGCAGUGUCACUGUCAGUAGUAGACCAAGUGCCCAACAAAUCCCAGCAAGACUGCGACCAAUCGACUUUGGAACCCAUGAAUCAUGAGCCGGGCCUAAUUUCACAAAUGCAGAGCACCUGUUGAAUAAUGAAAUAGUAAACCCGAUCAUUUCCGUCAAGGUUAACUCAUCAUCUUAUCCGCCAAAUUUGCCCUUCCGUCCAUACGAACUCUUUUCUCCUCCGUUUCUUCUUCUGUACCAACAGCGAAACAAGAAGCUGAUGGCGGCUGAGCUGAGCGCCUAGUAAGUAAGAUAUCAUUCCGCCAUUGAAGUCUCAAAAGCCAGGGAGAGAGACGACCUAAAGACACGGAAAAGAUGAUGAGAUUACUGCUCUCAAAGACGGCUUCUACAAGAAAUAGCCUUCAUUUUUCCCAGUUCUAUUCUCAAAGAGGCAUGCAUAGUAGAAACAAGAAAGCAAUGGAGUUCAUUGCUAAAGGAUGGAAUGCUCUGAAGGAAGUUGAUAGAGUGAUAGAUUAUUGUGAUCUUAAUGACCACCGUCUCAUCCCUAUGCUUAGGACAGCAAAGGAGAACUUUGAAUUGGCCCUAGAGGCUGACAACUCAAACACCCAUGCAAGAUAUUGGUUGUCAAAACUGCAUCUGAAAUAUCAUGCCCCUGGUGCAUGUAAAGCUGUAGGAGCUGCUUUGUUAGUGGAAGCUGCUGACAUGGGUGAUAAAGAUGCGCAAUAUGAAUUAGGUUGCCGACUCAGAGUUGAGAAUGACUAUGUUCAAUCAGAUCAACAGGCUUUCUACUAUUUAGAGAAGGCAGUCGACCAGUUGCAUCCAGGUGCUCUUUACCUCUUAGGUGCUGUCUAUUUGACUGGAGAUUGUGUGAAGAAAGAUGUUGCAUCUGCUAUAUGGUGUUUCCAUAGGGCUUCUGAGAGGGGUCAUGCUGGAGCCGCCAUAGCAUAUGGUUCCCUGCUUCUUAGAGGUGCGGAAGUUCCAGAAUCGCUAACAAGAUUUAGUACAAAAAGGAGAUCCCUGACCAGAAUACAAAGAAAUAAGGGGGAAAGGAGCGAGCUUAAUCCCCUUGAGAUGGCGAGAGAUCAAUUUGAAAUAGCUGCAAAAGGAGGAUGCGACCUUGGUUUUAGAUGGCUGAAAAGGCUCGAGGAGGAAGAGGAGCGCGUUUAUAAAAGCCGAAUUUCUAACUUCAGUUAGAAAAGGUCAAGAGGAAGAGGAGCGCGUUACGGCUCCGUGACAAAAUGAAGAAGUGCUUCCGUACAAUUAGCAAACAGCUGCAAAAAGCAGGAUGCCGCUUUGGGUUUAGAUGGUUGAAAAGACUUGAGGAGGAGAGGAGAGUAGCGUUCACUGGCUUCAUGACAAAAUGUUAAGACAAGGACAUCGGUACAAGUAAGUUAAAUGAACAACCAGCAAAAGAGGGAUUAUAGAUUAGAUAAAUAAUUCAUUCUAGAUCUCCACUGUAAUCUUCAGCCUGGGCUUUUCUCUUUCCCAGUAUGAGUCGGACAAAGAUAUCAAAGAUGAAUUACUGCACAGGUAUUUUCUCUAA